UUCGACUACUGAGUGGUUUUGGGAGUUGGGUUUCUGGUUUAACGAUGAGUACGGCCUCUGCUCGGGGUUCAUAUGGAAUUAGUGCUCCUGAGCAUGGAGAGUUACGGGUUUUAUCUCCCAAAUUGGAGUUCUCGAGGUUUUACAAACCUUCGAAAGGGGAAUUUCUCAGAGUGAAACUGUACUCAAUGUCUGUUUCAACCACUAACUCCUCCAAGGGAAUGGUACCCUGUAUCAGUGCUUUACCUGAAGUUGGUGAUUUCUUCUGGGAGAAGGCCCCAACGCCCAUUCUUGAUAUGGUUGAUGCCCCGAUUCACUUGAAGAACUUGUCUUCCAAGGAACUGAAACAAUUAGCUGAUGAGAUCCGUUCAGAGUUGUCUUUCAUGAUGUCUAAAACUAGAAAACCUUUUCAAGCCAGUUUAGCAGUGGUGGAGCUUACAGUUGCGAUUCACCAUGUUUUUCAUGCCCCCAUGGACAAGAUAUUGUGGGAUGAUGGUGAACAGCAGUCUUACGCACAUAAGAUUCUUACGGGAAGGCGGUCCCUUAUGCACACACUGAGACAGAAGAAUGGUCUUUCGGCGUCUACAUCUCGUUCUGAGAGUGAAUACGACCCAUUUGGUGCUGGACAUGGAUGCAACAGUGUUUCUGCUGGACUGGGAAUGGCUGUUGCGCGAGAUAUUAAAAGGAAACGAGAUCGUAUAGUGACAGUGAUCACCAAUCAGACCAUUAUGGCUGGUCAGAUAUAUGAGGCAAUGAGUAAUGCUGGGUAUCUGGAUUCCAACAUGGUUGUGAUCCUAAAUGAUAGCCACCACUCUUUACACCCAAAGCUAGAGGAGGGUCCCAAGACAGCAAUAAAUGCUUUGUCUGGUACUCUAAGCAAGCUGCAGUCCAGUAAAUCCUUUCGUAAAUUGAGAGAAGCGGCUAAGGGGGUUACUAAGAGAAUCGGAAGGGGUAUGCAUGAAUUGGCAGCAAAAGUUGAUGAAUAUACACGGGGUAUGAUGGGUCCUCUAGGAUCAACUCUCUUUGAAGAGCUUGGGAUGUAUUAUAUUGGCCCAGUUGAUGGCCACAACGUGGAAGAUUUAAUUACAGUUCUCCAGGAUGUGGCUUCUCUGGAUUCAACAGGACCUGUGUUGGUUCAUGUAAUAACGGAGGAAGAACCGGAGUCAGAUGAUGAUCAGCUGAGUGAAAUAGCUGUCAAACAUCAAGGUCAAUGCAAUGUGGUUUCAUUACCCUCUUAUCCAAAGCUGAUGGGCAGUAGUCUCUCCCGGACAUAUAGUAAUUUCUUCGCAGAAGCUUUAGUUGUGGAGGCAGAGAGGGACAGCAACAUUGUGACUGUUCGUGCAGGCAUGGGAAUUGAUCCAUCACUCCAACUAUUCAAGGAAAGAUUCCCAGACAAAUUUUUUGACCUAGGGAUGGCUGAGCAACAUGCAGUCACCUUUUCUGCUGGUUUGUCAUGUGGAGGAUUGAAGCCUUUCUGUAUAAUCCCCUCCACUUUUCUACAGAGAGCCUAUGAUCAGGUUGUCCAUGACGUAGAUCGCCAAAGAAUUGCUGUGCGGUUUGUUAUCACUAGUGCAGGACUGGUGGGGUCUGAUGGCCCCUUGCACUGUGGAGGAUUUGACAUAGCAAUCAUGUCACUCUUGCCAAACAUGGUAGUUAUGGCACCAUCUGAUGAGAACGAGCUUGUUCACAUGGUGGCCACUGCAGCUCAGAUUGAUGACAGGCCUGUUUGCUUCCGGUAUCCAAGAGGUGCUAUUGUUGGACUGAACAGCUCUGUUUGCAAUGGAGUAGCCCUUGAGAUCGGGAAAGGGAGAGUUCUUGCCCAGGGUAAAGAUGUUGCGUUGCUUGGGUAUGGUGCGAUGGUUCAGAACUGCCUCAAAGCACACUCUCUUCUUUCCAGCCUUGGCAUCAAAGUGACUGUUGCUGAUGCGAGGUUCUGCAAACCACUUGACAUCAACCUUGUCAGGCAGCUUUGUGAAGAUCAUGCCAUUUUGAUCACAGUUGAGGAAGGCUCUGUUGGAGGAUUUGGGUCCCAUGUUGCACAAUUCAUGGCUCUUGAUGGACUGCUUGAUGGAAGAGUUAAAUGGCGUCCGAUUAUUCUACCGGAUAAUUACAUAGAACAUGGAACUCCGAAGGAACAACUUGCUCUUGCAGGCCUAACUGGCCAUCACAUCGCUGCCACUGCAUUGAGCUUGCUAGGUCGCACACGUGAUGCCCUGUUGUUGAUGCGCUAGAAAGGGAUACAGAGUUCUAUGCCAAGUUAUGUUGAACAAUGAGAAGAUAAUGCUAUAGGAGAGCAUCCACCUUUAAGGAG